AUGGAUGAAACACAAUACACAGAUAAUGCAUUGAAAAUUAUCACCAAUGCAACAAAUCUAUGCAAAGAAAAUGCCAACACUCAAUUGGUACCCUUACAUUUCCUUGCUGCGUUUAUCCCCACAGACGACACUGAUGGAACAACACAGUACUUGAAGACCUUGGUCCAGAAGGCUAGGUUUGAAUGGCCCAACUUUGAAAGGGCAGUAAAUAGACAUUUGGUGAAAUUGCCCAGUGUUAGUCCACCACCACAGGAUGUCACACCCAGCUAUGCUACGGGCCAGUUGUUACAGAAUGCCAAUAAAUUCAAGCAACAGCAAAAGGAUAAUUAUAUUGCACAAGAUCAUAUUCUUUUGGCUUUGCUCGAAGAUCAAUCAAUCAAGGAUAUUUUCAAAGAAGCUGGAGUCAAGGUUGACUCUAUAAAGACUCAGGCUUUGGAAUUGCGAGGUAACCAGAGAAUUGACUCGAGACAGGCCGAUGCCUCAUCGUCAUACGAAUUCUUGGCCAAGUAUUGUGAGGAUUUUACUGAAAAGGCCAGGGAAGGUAAGAUUGAUCCAGUUAUUGGAAGAGAAGAAGAAAUUAGAAGAGUCAUUAGAGUUUUGGCAAGAAGAUCGAAAUCGAAUGCCGUGUUGAUUGGUGAUGCUGGUGUUGGUAAGACUUCUAUUGUUGAAGGAGUUGCCCAAAGAAUUAUUGAUAAUGAUGUGCCCAAUUUAUUGGCAAAUGCAAGAUUAUUUGCCUUGGAUUUGGGUGCAUUGACUGCCGGCGCCAAGUACAAGGGUGAGUUUGAAGAAAGAUUGAAGGGUGUGCUCAAUGAUAUCUCGAAAUCCAAAGAGUUUAUCAUUUUGUUUAUUGAUGAAAUGCACAUGUUGAUGGGUGAUGGUAAAUCCGAUGCUGCCAAUUUGUUGAAGCCAAUGUUGGCAAGAGGUGAAUUACAUUGUAUUGGUGCAACCACUUUUGUUGAGUACCGUAAAUUUGUAUCUAAGGAUGCUGCAUUGGAGAGAAGAUUCCAAACCAUUCAAGUGCCAGCUGCUACAGUCAAUGAGACGAUUGCCAUUUUGAGAGGUUUGCAACCAAGAUAUGAGAUUCACCAUGGAGUGCGUAUUUUGGAUAGUGCUUUGGUUGUUGCUGCACAAUUGGCCUCGAGGUAUUUGACGUAUAGAGCAUUGCCUGACUCUGCUGUUGAUUUAGUCGAUGAGAGUGCUGCCACUGUUGCUGUGGCACGAGACUCAAAACCUGAAGAGUUGGAUAACAUUGAAAGAGAAUUGCACUUGUUGGAUGUUGAAAUCAAUGCGUUGGAAAGGGAUAAGGAUGCUGAUGCUGCGUCCAAGGAUCGUUUGGUUUUGGCAAAGAAGAGAAAGGAGAAUCUUGAAGAGCAAUUGGGUCCAUUAAAGGAGAGAUAUAAUCAAGAGCGUGCAAGUCAUGAUUUGCUUAUUGCGGCCAAGAGGAAAUUGGAUGAUUUAGAAGUUAAGGCGCAGGAUGCCGAGAGAAGAUACGAUACUGCUACUGCAGCAGAUUUACGUUAUUUUGCUAUUCCUGAUGUUGAGAAGCAAAUUGAAGAAUUGGAGGUUAGAGUUGCUGAGGAGGAAGCAUCAAUGGUUGAAAGUUUGACCAAGAAUGCUGUUGGACCAGAACAAAUUUGUGAAACUGCAGCCAGGUUAACUGGUAUUCCUGUGUCGAAAUUGACUGCUGCUGAGAAUGAAAAGUUGGUUAAUUUGGAAUCUGAAUUAUCCAAGGAAGUUGUUGGCCAAGGUGAAGCAGUUAAGGCAAUUGCCAAUGCCGUGAGAUUGAGAAGAUCUGGUUUGUCAGAUCCAAACCAGCCACCAUCAUUUUUGUUUUUGGGUUCUACUGGUACUGGUAAAACGGUGCUUGCAAAAAAAUUAGCGGGAUUUCUUUUUGCUGAUGAAAGGGCAAUGACGAGAAUUGAUUGUUCGGAAUUGACUGAGAAGCAUACAGUGUCUACAUUGCUUGGUGCUGCACCAGGUUAUAUUGGAUAUGAAGAGGGUGGUAAAUUGACCGAGGCCUUGAUUAGAAAGCCGUAUUCUGUUGUGUUGUUUGAUGAGGUGGAGAAAGCUGCGCCAGAAGUGCUUACAAUUUUGUUGCAAAUUCUUGAUGAAGGUUUUAUUACUUCAGCAGCGGGUGUUCGUGUUAAUUGUUCGAAUGCCAUUUUUAUCAUGACCUCAAACUUGGGUGCACAAUAUAUAAACCAAUGCAAAUCGAGCAAGGUUGAUCUGCAUACUAAGGAGCUUGUGAUGAGUGCAGUAAAGGCUCAUUUUAGACCCGAGUUUAUCAAUCGUAUAUCCAACAUUGUUAUCUUUAAUAAGCUUUCCAAAAAGGGUAUUUCCAAGAUUGUUGGUAUUAGGCUUGAAGAGGCAGAAAAGAGGUUUGCUGCCAAUGGUCGUGAUAUCAAAUUGUCAUUGGAUGAUGCUGCAAUGGAUUAUCUUUGCAAGAAUGGCUGGUCGCCUGAUAUGGGUGCUAGACCUUUGAAUAGGUUGAUUCAAAAUGAAAUCUUGAAUAAAUUGGCCAUCUUGUUGUUGAGAGGACAAAUCAAGGAUAAGGAGACUGCCAAAGUUGUAUUGGGCAAUAAAGGGUUAGAGGUUGUUCCUAACCACGAAGCCGAUGAUGUUGAUAUGGAUAAUGAAUGGAAUGACGAUGCUGAAGAUGACGAUGAUGAUGAGGAAGAGGAUGGUGAGGAUUAUAGUGGUCGAUUAAGCUCACCCAAUCUUGAUUAA